AUGCUUGGAGACAACCCAAACCCUUGCAAGGACUCCCUUCAUCCGGUGUAUAUUGUGACAAACAUCCAAAACAAGGUUCGAGUCUUGGAUGGAAUCAAAGUGACUUACUCCUCAUGGGUAAAAUUGUUUAAACUCCAUGCUCGCGGAUACAAGGUCUUGUCACAUAUCGACGGUACUGUGCCGCCAGCCAAGACCGCUCUCAACUAUGCACAACGGAGUGAAAUUGAUGUUAUUGUCCUUCAGUGGAUCUACGCAUCCCUAUCUGAUGACCGACUCACUCGAGUCCUAGAGAACGACGUCAUUGCUCAUCAAGCAUGGGAAAAAGCCAAGCAAAUCUUUCUAAAUAACAAGGGGUCUCAUGUAGCAGCCCUUGAACAAGAAUUUACAAACCUCACCCUCAAAUCCACGAACUCAGUCAAAAGCAAUUGCCAUAAGUUGAAAGACCUUGCAAAUCAGCUAUCAUAUGUUGAAAAUCCGUUCUUUGAAAAUUGUCUAGUCCUCCAACUCAUCAGAGGUCUUCCACCGGAGUAUGAUAUCGCCGCCGCCUACAUCAAUCGGACGCUACCUGACUAG